CCAUCUAGGUCUAAUGAUGAUGCCUCGGGGUGCGAUGUGCUCCUCUCUCUAUAAAUACCCCUCUUCCUUCUCAUUUUCUCCACUCUUCAUCCGGCUCAGGUACUUUCUCUCUCUAGCUCUCCGCUUCUCUCUCUAACUUUGUAGUCUUAGAUCGGAGAAUGUCGUUGGGCGGUAAAGGUAAACUUUCUAGGGCCCAGAAAGGGAAAGCCGCGGUGAAUGCGACCGAAUCGAGUCCUGCACGUGUCGUCGAGUCGAAUUCCUCGCCCGAUUUUGAGAUGAUUCAUCGUGAAGCCAUGAUGGAUACGGAGAAUAUGGACACGCCCCAGCGAGUCCUCGUUGCUGAUUCGGCGCGGCAGCUCCGCGAGGAGAGAGAAAAUGUAACAUUAAUUUUGAGAGACGGCCAGGGUGGAGCUGAUGUCGGAGAGACUUCCCUCCCCGAUUUCGUCCCGUGUUGUUACCAUCCAGGGGGAAUCUUCGAGGAUCUUCCGGCUCUGGCGGUUGAGCAGAUGCGUCCUUCUGUCGUAGAGGGACAGUCAUGGGAGAAUAUCGAGGAGACUCGUUCGACUCCUAGUAGCGUGAAAGCUUUAUUGAGGGAAUGUGAAGGAACCGGGGUGACCUUUUUGAUCCCAACUAAAUCUCAGAGGCCGUGGUCCCCUCCUUUGGGAUUUCAGUGCGUCUAUGUCUCAUACUUUCAGGAUGAGACCAAACUUUGGUUUCCAAUUCCUCGACUCGUUACGUCUUAUGUGAGACGUCGUGACGCGGCGAUAAGUCAAUUUUUCAAUGGCGCGUUCCGUACCUCGGUGGCAUUGAUGGUGACUGCGGCGGAGAUCGACGUUUCGAUGAGUGUUCGGACACUCGAGGAGUUGACCUAUACGAAGUCCAUGGGCGAUGGUUUAUUCUCGAUCCAGAUGAGGCCCAACUACAACGUGAUCGUCGAUCAUCCGUGUAGGACGGUGCACUGGCAGCGUUUCUACUUUUACGUCAAGUCUGACGGUUUUGCCUUCGAGGAGCCGCCCGACGUUUCCUUUCGAUUUUUGUGGAAUCAUAAACUCGUUGAUCACCCGGACACGGCCUCUUAUCCGGAAGAUUUCGUCUCUGAUGCUCGUGCAGUCGUUUCGCGCGUCCAAGUGAGCUGGAAGGAUAUCACCAUCGAGAGGAUUCGACGAGUGCUUGACAGAAUCUCGAGGAAGGAUUGGAGGUCUGAUCUACUGCCUUUGAUUACCGGUAACAAGCGGCGGUUUUCGAUAUUUAGUAGCGCCGAGCAAAAGAUCAUCAACGCGGCCAGGGAAAUGAAAGAGCUUCCAGACUUGAGUGCAUUAAUCAAGAAAAAACUGAGCGAGGCGAAAAAGGCAUCCUCUGCGACUCCUAGCGAGACAACUCUUAGUGGGACGACUCCUCGCGUGAAGACUCCUCGUGGAGCAAUUCCUCCCGCUCCUCUUCCUCUUGUGGUUUCCCCUGGACCGUCUACAGGCCCGGCUAACGUCGACUCUUCGAGGGAGGAUCUCACAUUGAUCUCUGAACGAGAGACUGCUGAACCAUCGGUGACUGGUGGUAAUAAGAAGAGAUCUGCUCCUGACUCCUCUGCAUCGGCUGCUUCUCAAGCGAGGACUGAAUCUGAUGGUCCUCCAAAAAAGAAAAAGAAAAAAGAGAGGAAGAAGAAGAAAUCUGUUGAGGAACAGUCGGAGCCUGCUGAAAGCGCCGAGAAUUGUGAGACCGUUAUCGAGAAAGGUUCCUCUCGCGAUGCUGCAGCUCGGGGAGUCGUCGACUCGGACAACUCCCCGUCCAUCUCUCUGAAGAAGAAGAAGACUGCCCGCAGUCAGGAGUCGUCUACUCCGGCUGCGUCUGCUUCUGCUGCGAAGAUUCCUCCAGCUGCACCUCGGACUCUUGUUGAAGGCGGUUCGGCCUCUGAGGAUCGUCGGGUCAAAUUUCAUGACCGCGUGGAGUUCAAGUACGUCGGCGAGACUCCUCUUUCCUUUGCCCCGACUGACUGUGCUGAGCUUGUUCGACAAAUUAAGGGUGGUCGCAAGGACUUGCCCGCUGUCAAGGACCUUAUUUUCAAGGACGCAUAUGUCAAUGCGGCGAGGACUAAAAUUCUGGUAAGAAUUAUUCUCCUUAUUUUAUCUUUUUCAUGUUCCUGGUUAACAAGUGAAUGUGCAUCCAAUGCCACUUUCACUAACCAAAACGAACUACGAAUGGCUUGAUCCUCUCCUAGAGGUACGUAGGCAGCCUUUUACCGGGUCCAGCUAUAACAAAAACAAUCUCCCAACAAGUAGGAGCGCGAAUUAUUCUAAGCGAUGCUUACACACGAGCACGACCUUGUCUCUCGGACAAACGUACUAGCACUCGCACCCACUAACGGGCUUGUCCUGAUCAGACACAUGCUCGAGGGAUUCUUCGGUCGUAUCGCGGUCCCGACCCGUGCGAUCGAGACGACAACUUUCAAUCAUCUUAUAAUCCUCUAAAGCCGGGCUUGGCCAACCUAAUAUUCUUUUUUGGAUUACUUAAGGAUCGAUUUGAAAACCGUUGUCGCUCGAAAGUAUAAACGAUUGUCUUCGAAACUUGAAAAUUUAUGUUGUUAUCGAGGACUCGAACUGACGACAUGAUGUGUCAAAAUUUGAUAAAGCCGAGUCAUCGACUAUUCGGUUAAAUUCAAGACAUCGACCAGAUUGCCAAACCAAAAUUGUUUAAACCCAACAUUCAAAAUAGAUUUCAGCGACUCAUCGAAGGCUAACUCGCAUUCUCGAGUCCACGAAACUAUAUCUCACGACUAAGGCAAACGCUGUUUCAGAAAUAACUUCUAAGGAAGAUAAACUUACUGAAAGUCUGAAACAACGGAUAGCCGUAAAAACAAAAUAAAUCCAGAUAUUACAUCAACAAAAGCCUCCGAGGGCUAAAAACCAAAAGUCUAAAGGAAACAACAACAACAUAUUAAACUAGUCCUCGACACGGUCGGAGUCCCCCUCGACGACCUGAGCAGUGAGCCGAUCCGAAGCCUCCCCAGUCACGUCCGCUGGCAGAACUGGCAGAUUAUCAGUUCCGUCAACCGCUCCCUCUUCAUUUUGCGGGUUACCAACUAAGCCGGAUUCGGUCUCCUCCAAUUGUUCGCAACCCUCUUCUUCAGUCGAAGAGUCUGAGAGUUCAAGUAGAUUAACAGGCUCUGUCUCCGUCUCGACACUAGUCCCAAGAACCGGAACCAGCGGAUCUUCGUUCACAACGAGGCUGGUGGAGAGCGUAGUCGGAUCCGAAGCAGAUGCAACGGUCGUAUCCUCGAGCCUUACGACCUCGCCAACAAUCCCACCUUCUUGAAGAGGAAAUUCCCCGAGCUCUCUUCCAGUCGGUUCUACAGAUCCUUCGUUCGCAUGAUCUCCUUGAGAACUACUGGGAGUUUGAAGGAAAGCAGCGGUCCCAGCAUCAAUCAGGCCCGCAUUCGAUCCAUAUGGGUUGAUCGUCGCCCACACAUUCUCGUUUAGAAAAGGAGAUCGAAGAUGAAGAGGAGAAAGACAGAGAAGCUCCUCGGGGAUCCCUCCGACAGCUAGGCGUUCAGCCGCAACCUCGUACUCCUUCUCUUGUUCGGCGAACAAGUCAAUCGUCUCUUGCGGAAUGUCGAUCCCGCUCUCCUUAAGCGCUUCGAGACAUUUCUUUGUCCCAAAAGCUUGGCUCUGCAAGGAUCUGGCUGUUUUGAACUCACUACGACGCUUUUCGAGAUCUCGAAUUUGGGAGAAACGCUUAUUGCUCUUAGCAAUCAUGGCCGUUUGUACACGAAACCGCUCGUGAGUAACCUCAUAACCUCGAGAGUCCCUCAAUCUGUUGACCUCUUUCAAGUGUCUCAGCGCGGUGGACACCAUCUUCUCCUCCAUGGCUGCCUUCUCUCUUAACCAAGCCUUCUUCUCCUCCUCGAGUCCUCGUAUCUUUGCACCCGCAGCCUCAAAUUUAUCCUUCAACUCCCCGAAUUUCUCCAGGAAAUGAGCCUUAUGAGCCUUCUACCUCUCAAUCAGUUGAGCCCGUUCCUCCGCGACCUUAUCAAUUGUCGCUUUAAAUUCCUUCUUGCGGUCAAUAGCUACAUCCUUCGCUCGAGCGAGCUUGUCGGCUUGCUUUAACUUGGACGUGGCCUCCUUAAAGGCUGAGUCGUAUAACUCGACGACAUAGUUCAUGCUCCCGUCGCUCUGCAUGAACGAAAGAAAAGAUCAGAACCAGGAACAUGAAAAAGAUAAAAUAAGGAGAAUAAUUCUUACCAGAAUUUUAGUCCUCGCCGCAUCGACGUAUGCGUCCUUGAAAAUAAGGUCCUUGACAUCGGGCAAGUCCUUGCGACCACCCUUAAUUUGUCGAACAAGCUCAGCACAGUCAGUCGGGGCAAAGGAAAGAGGAGUCUUGCCGGCGUACUUGAACUCCACGCGGUCAUGAAAUUUGACCCGACGAUCCUCAGAGGCCGAACCGCCUUCAACAAGAGUCUGAUGUGCAGCUGGAGGAAUCUUCGCAGCAGAAGCAGACGCAGCCGGAGUAGACGACUUAUGACUGCGGCCAGUCUUCUUCUUCUUCAGAGAGAUGGACGGGGAGUUGUCCGAGUCGACGACUCCCCGAGCUGCAGCAUCGUGAGAAGAACCUUUCUCGAUAACGGUCUCACAAUUCUCGGCGCCUUUAGCAGGCUCCGACUGUUCCUCAACAGAUUUCUUCUUCUUCCUCUCUUUUUUCUUUUUCUUUUUUGGAGGACCAUCAGAUUCAGUCCUCGCUUGAGAAGCAGCCGGUUUUCAAAUCGAUCCUUAAGUAAUCCAAAAAAGAAUAUUAGGUUGGCCAAGCCCGGCUUUAGAGGAUUAUAAGAUGAUUGAAAGUUGUCGUCUCGAUCGCACGGGUCGGGACCGCGAUACGACCAAAGAAUCCCUCGAGCAUGUGUCUGAUUAGGACAUGCCCGUUAGUGGGUGCGAGUGCUAGUAAGUUUGUCCGAGAGACAAGGUCGUGCUCGUGCAUAAGCAUCGCUUAGAACAAUUCGCGCUCCUACUUGUUGGGAGAUUGUUUUUGUUAUAGCUGGACCCGGUAAAAGGCUGCCUACGUACCCCUAGGAGAGGAUCAAGCCAUUCGUAGUUCGUUUUGGUUAGUGAAAGUGUCAUUGGAUGCGCAUUCACUUGUUUUUUUUUUGGGAGUGAAAGUGACAAGGGUGUCAUUCACUUGUCGAUUGAGCAAGACUCCUUGAGUGUUUGAUCUUCGGGCUUGUGCCUAAGAGUAGUAUCGUCGGAGGUGCAUUGAGUUCCACGCUCUGGGGACGGGCUCGCCGGUCGAUGUCUCGAGUCGGUAGACUCCUGGUUUGACGACUUGAGAAAUUUUGUACGGCCCUUCCCAGUUAGUUCCGAGCUUGCCUGCAUUCAGCUCCUUGGUGUUUUCGAACACUUUGCGUAGUACUAUGUCGCCCAGUUCGAGAGGUCGAGACUUGACCUUCUUGUUGUAGUAACCUUCGAUCUGAUGCUGAUAGUUAUGGAUGCGGAGUAGUGCUUGGUCGCGGCGUUCUUCUAUAGCGUCCAGGGCGUCGAAUAGCAUACCGCUGUUGAGCUCGACGUUUUGUGUCAUCCUCGACCUUCGCAGACUGGUUACGUUGACUUCGGCGGGAGCCAUGGCUUCCACUCCGUGUGCCAUCGAGAAAGGAGUUGAUUUCGUUGCUCCUCGAGGAGUUGUUCGAUGUGACCAGAGGACACCGUCGAGUUCAUCUGCCCAACAUCCUUUUUUGAAAUCGAGGCGCUUUUUCAAACCGUCUAUUAUGAUUUUGUUGGUCGCCUCGGCUUGGCCGUUGCUCUGGGGGUAUCGCGGACUUGAUGUGUUGAGUCGGAUUCUCCAUCUCUCGCAGAACUCUCAAAAUUUGUUCGAUAUGAAUUGGGAGCCGUUGUCAGUCACUAUCUCGUAAGGUAAGCCGUGGCGACAGAUGAUGUUCUUCCACACAAAUCGUUGGACCUCUUUUUCUGUAAUGCUUGCGAAAGCUUCCGCCUCAAUCCACUUCGUGAAGUAAUCGGUCAAGACCAGGACGAAGCGUUUCUGUCCAGAACUCGGCAUCGGGCCGAUUAUGUCCAUUCCCCAUCUCAUGAAAGGGUAUGGAGCUGUCAUUUCGUAGCAACUGUGUCGGGGAGUGGAUCGUUGAGGCAUGUUGCUGGCACUGAUCACAUCGCUGGGCGUAAGCUUCGCAGUCUGCAUUCAUCAUUGGCCAGUAGAAACCGAGAUUCUUUACUUUUAAAGCAAGUGCUCGACCUCCAGAAUGAUUUCCUGCAGCGCCUUCGUGCGUUUCAGCCAUGACUAAAUGCGUCUCUUCGCCAUUGAUGCACUUCAGAAGUACCUUGGUUGCGGUCCAUCGGUGGAGUUCUCCGUCGAGGACGACAUAGUGGGCACUCCGCGUCUUGAGUCGUCGUGCAAUCCAUUUCUCGGGAGGUAGCUUUCCAGCGACCAGAUAGUCGAUAAAUUCGGUUCUCCAGUCGUUGGUGUCGUUUGACACCUCUUCGAGGACUUGGUUCGCGGGUGUGGCUUCGGUUAUUGGUGCUACGAUGGUGGUCUCGAUGGGAGUCAGGUCGAUGCUUGGUUUGUCGAUCUUGUGGAUAGGGAUGGUACGUUUCACCUGAUCGCGCAACCUGCUACCUAAGGCAGCGAGAGCAUCAGCGCAUACGUUCUCUCCUCUGGGGACUUUGGUGAGUUCGAAGAAUUCGAAAUCUUUGGCAAGUGUUUGAACGAUCUUAAGGUAUGCGUCCAUUCGUUCGUUGCGGGCGUCGUAGUCACCACUAAACUGACUAGUUACGAGUUGCAAGUCGCAGUAUGCGCUGAGGCGUUUUGCCUUGACUGCCUUGGCGAGUCUUAGUCCUGCGAUCAACGACUCGUACUCUGCUUCAUUGUUUGAAGCAGCGAAGCCAAAGCUGAACGACUGUCUGAUCAGUUCUCCUGUCGGGGAUUGCAGCUGCACUCCUGCUCCUGAUCCUUUGUUUGUCGACGACCCGUCGACGUAGAGUAUCCAAUUUUGACUCGGGAGGAUUAGAUCUUGCUCGAGCUCUGGUGCGAGCUCGAUGAGAAAGUCUGCGAGGACUUGAGAUUUCGCAGCUGUUCGAUUCUUGAAGACAAUGUCGUGCUCGCUGAGUUCGAUAGCCCACUUCGAUAACCGUCCGGAUUGAUUUGUAUUCUGCAUUACCGUUCGCAAUGGUUGAUUUUUCAAUACUUCGAUUGUGUGCGACUGGAAGUAGGGACGCAGUUUUCUCGCCGAUGUUACCACGGCGAGAGCCAUCUUCUCAAGGGUGGGGUAUCGAGUCUCUGGAUCAGUCAUGCGCUUGCUCGUGUAGAAGAUAGGUUUCUGUUCUCCUCGAUCCUCUCGGAUGAGCACGAUGUUGACCGCGGUUGAGGAUACGGCGAUAUAGAGUGAGAGUGUAUCGCCAGUUUCGGGUUUGGAUAAUACGGGAGGAGUUGUAAGAUACUCCUUGAGUUGUUUGAACGCCUCUUCGCACUUCUCGUCCUAGAUGAAGCGUUUGUUUGCUCGCAAAAACUCGUAGGAAGGAAGGCAUUUGUCCGUGGUUCUGGAAAUGAAACGGUUCAGGGCCGCGAUCCUUCCUGUAAGUCGCUGGACUUCUCUGCUGGUUUUUGGGCUGGGAAGAUCAAGUAUGGCAGAGAUCUGUUUAGGAUUUGCCUCGAUUCCUCGCUGGGUCACGAUGUACCCUAAAAACUCUCCUGAGGUGACGCCGAAAGUACACUUGGCUGGGUUGAGUUUCAUUUCGUAUUCGUUCAACGUCUUGAAGCAUUCUUUAAGAUGAUCCAGAUGGUCCGUUGCGCGGAGUGAUUUUACCAGAAUGUCGUUGAUAUAGACUUCCAUCGUGUUCCCUAAUUUGUCGGCGAACAUUCGAUUGACGAGUCUUUGAUAAGUCGCACCCGCGUUCUUGAGACCGAACGGCAUUACUUUGUAACAGUACGUCCCUCUAUCGGUGAUGAACGACGUCUUCUCUUGAUCUUCCGGAUGCAUCAUGAUCUGAUUGUAACCAGAAAAUGCGUCCAUGAAAGUCAGGAGUUCAUUCCCAGCAGUCGACUCGACGAGUCUGUCGAUAUGCGGGAGGGGGUAACUGUCUUUUGGGCAAGCUCUGUUCAAAUCGGUAAAAUCGACGCAAAUGCGCCACUUCCCGUUCUUCUUCUUUACGACGAUCGGGUUAGCUAGUCACUCGGGGUAUCGCACCUCGGUGAUUGAGCCAGCUGCGAGGAGUCGCUCAACUUCUUUGUAGACAGCUUUGCUUCGGUCGUGACCUAGCUUUCGUCUCUUCUGGCGAGUGGGUUUGAUGGUUGGAUCGACAUUCAACUCGUGGGAUGUGAUGGCGGGGUUUAUUACUUUCAUAUCCGAUGUCGCCCAAGCAAACGUUGAAGCGUUCUCCUUGAGAAAGUCGAUGACUGCGCGUUGCAUCUCUUCGUUGAGGAAGGCUCCGACUCGGACUACUUUGCUCUUAUCAGAGUCGUCGAUAGUGACUUCUAAAAUCUCGUCUUUCUGAGGUUGAAUUUGCUUUGCUAUCGCGUUGAUGCGAGGAGUUGAUUGUUGCAUUUUCACCGUUGCGAUGAGUAGUUCGCGAGCGGCCUGCUGGUCUCCGCGAAGCGUCUGCACUUCACCGUUUCGUCCUGGAAACUUCACGCACUGAUGAUACGUCGAAGACACUGCCUUAACAGAAUGUAACCAGGGGGUUCCAAGGAUCGCGUUGUAAGGAGCUUUCAUUCGGAUGACUGAGAAUUUGACUGUGCGUAUCACUCCGCAGGCAUAGACGGGGAGUUUGAUUGUACCAAUCAUUGUCUCAGAAGCACCGUUGAAUCCUGUAAGGGAGCGAGAUGAUGGUUUCAUGUCGCGCAGGUCGACUUCCAUCUUAUCGAGCGUAUCUCGACAGAUUAAAUCGACUGAACUGCCUGUGUCAAUCAACACUUUAGCGACGUCACACUUCGCAAUUCCUACCUCGACUAGCAGUGGGUCGUUGUGAGGUAAAUGGACGCCGAUGGCAUCGUCUGGCGAGAAAGUGAUUGAGGAAUCGUUCUCGUGUUUCGAUGGCCAUUUCUUCGAGGUUACUGCUUGUCGGCGAUGGUCCUUUACAGACCGGACGGAAUCACCGCAAGGAGGUGAGCCACCCAUGAUUACGUUUAGGAAGUUAGACUCGACGACUCGUUUAUUUCUCAGUCGAGUCCUCAAGUCGCUAGGCGAGUAUUCGAUGAUAGGUGAAUUUUUGACGUUGGGCAAGUCCUCGACAACGGGUGAGUCCUCGACAACAGAUUUGUGUCCGUCCUCAUUCUUGGACCUCGCCUCCUCGAUUCUUCGUCGUAAGUCUGAAUGUUUUGGUCGGUUGAGCUUGAUUCUGAGGUCUUCCGACUUUGAGUUGAGCUUCUCAUGAAGAUCGAUGACUCGUGGCCUGAGACGGGAUUGAGCACUCGAGUCCUCGAUUUUCCUAGCCUUGGAUUUUUCGAUGAUUGAGCGGAGAUCUCCGUGUGAGUCGUAUGCACGAUCAGAUGUCUGCGACUUUCGCCUGAGCUUAUUUCUUAAGUCGUUUGACCCUUCUGAUCCUAUGCUCUCGUUUGUUCGUUUGCUGGAAUACUCGCGUGAUUCAUGAACCUGUUUAUCCUCUUCUUCAUCUGAGGAGGAACUGGGUCGUGCGAGGAUGACUUGUACACGUCGACGAUUACGCGAAUGCUCCUCGUCGACUUGUGCAUCGCCGUGUUCUUCUUUGAUACGCCCUAAAAUAGGGAAAGAUCACUCGACCGGACUAAAGGGAUAUGAACUCGCCAAAAGGGAGAACUGAUGGAUUGAACGGUGACAGAAUGGGUUGCGGAUGGCCCAAUGAUACUACCAGACUUCAGUUGGUGCUUGAUAUGACUCACAAGUCCACCAAAAGAAGGAUUUCUAAACGUUGCCUGAUAUGACGCACAGGUCCAACGAAUUAGAGGCUGUUUACUCGGAGAUAACCUCACCAAGAAACAAAGAAGUGUUCUACAAAGAACAAAGAGAUAAACUCAAAUAAAAGGGGAAAAAGCUUAUCUUAUUUCGUGGCUCUUAGGCCCUAUAUAUAGGAUUACAAGUUGUAGAAAUCCAAAGAAGAAUGUGCUAAAAACA